AUGGCGGUGUACGUCGCUGCAUCAUGCAAGAUUAAUUAUGACUUGUACCGAAAGAAGGAAAGGGGGGGGGCGAAUGUGCAGAGCUGUCCCGAUGAGGGGCCUCGGUGGGUCAAGGUCGCCGCCCGUCUGUCGGACCCAGUUGUUGUGCGUGGACGCUCGCCCAGCCACUAUCAAAAUGAAGGUCCCCACAACGCCAGUACGUCAAGAGGCACACCUGGCGCAGGCCUAGGUGGUGGUGGCCAUCAUGGGAUGGGUUCCAAUAGCCGCGCUUCGUACUCCAGCUACGGCAGCGGCAUGUCAGGCAGCAGUGCGACUGUCAUGGGUGGGGGCAUGUACCGUGGUAACGCAUACUCGCUGGAUCCAAGCCCGGUUGGCAGCCACUCGGUCAGCUCUGCAAGCUCCCUGAGCGGAGGCCCAAUCCAAGGUAUCCUAAGUGAUCAACACAUGGUCGAAGACGAAGAAUCCAAGAUGAUGGACGCUUCAUCGGAGUAUGCAUAUUACCCCGCUCCCAUCUACGAGAGUAGCAUACCUUCGAGGGUGGAAAAUGCCCUCCCACUGCCCGAUCGUAGGGUCAAGGAAGAGUAUCCCAUUCCUGGCUGGCAAGGUGGAGUGUGCGGCCGGUUUCACGGCGUCGAAAGCAGCCGCGGACUCUACCCAGAUGUCCACGCUAGCACAUACUGA